AUGGGAAACUCCAUUCAUCUUCCUUCAUCUUCCUUCGCCCCUCCUGCUCCGGCGACCGUACUCUCACCGGAGCAACCGUCUGAGUUAGCGACCUUCACCUGUGAGAUAUGCAUAGAGCCCACACUUUCAUCAGAACAGAGAUUCAAGAACAGAGACCUCUGCACUCAUCCUUUCUGCAAAGACUGCAUUAUCAAAUACAUUCAAGUCAAGGUUGAAGAUGAAGAUAUCUCCGCGAUCAAGUGUCCUGGCUUAUGCUGCGAUUACGAUCUAGACCCACUCUCCUGUCGUUUAAUCCUACCCAUUAAACUCUUUGAAAAAUGGUGUGACGUCCUCUGUAAGGACACCAUCCUAGGGUUGCAUCAUUGUUACUGCCCUAAUCAAGAAUGUUCGGCUCUAGUGGUAAACGAAUGUGGAAGGGACUUGAAGAGAUCGGUUUGCUCUAAUUGUAAACAAGCCUUCUGUUUCAAAUGCAAUACAUUAUGGCAUGCUGGUUUUUCAUGCGAAGAUAAUCAAGGUGGAAUUAUGAGGGAUGCAAAUGACGUCGCUUUUGGAGUGCAGACAUUAUGUUCAGCAUAG